AUGUCGGACGACGACUUCAUGCAGGAGUCAGACGAGGAGGAAUAUGACUUCGAGUACGAGGACGACGAAGACGAGCCGGAUGCGGGCGAGGUGACGAUCGAGAACAAGUACUACAAUGCAAAGCAGACGAAGCUGUCCGACCCAGACGAGGCCAUUACCGAGUUCCUCGGCCUGCCGGAGCUCGAGACAGAAAAAGGCGACUGGGGCUUCAAGGGCCUCAAGCAGGCCAUCAAGCUCGAGUUCCGGCUUGGGCGCUACGAGGAAGCCGUGUCCCACUACAAGGAGCUGCUGACCUACGUCAAGUCGGCCGUCACGCGCAACUACUCGGAAAAGUCCAUCAACAACAUGCUCGACUUUUUCGAGAAGACGUCGGCCGCGUCGGCCGCCGCCGGCGACAAGCGCGCCACCAACUUCAUGGAAGCCUUUUACGAGCUGACGCUGACGUGCUUCCAGAGCACAAACAACGAGCGGCUGUGGCUCAAGACCAACAUCAAGCAGGCCAAGCUGCUGCUGGACCGGCAGCGGUACGUCGACGUCAUGAAGAAGCUGCGCGACCUGCACCGCGCCUGCCAGCGGCCCGACGGCUCCGACGACCCGUCCAAGGGCACGUACCUGCUCGAGAUCUACGCCCUCGAGAUCCAGAUGUACGCCGAGCGCAAGAACAACAAGCAGCUCAAGCAGCUGUACCAGCGCGCGCUGACGGUGCGCUCGGCCGUGCCGCACCCCAAGAUCAUGGGCAUCAUCCGCGAGUGCGGCGGCAAGAUGCACAUGAGCGAGGAGAACUGGAAGGACGCCCAGAGCGACUUCUUCGAGUCGUUCCGCAACUACGACGAGGCCGGCUCGCUGCAGCGCAUCCAGGUGCUCAAGUACCUGCUGCUGACCACCAUGCUCAUGCGCUCCAACAUCAACCCCUUUGACUCGCAGGAGACCAAGCCCUACCGCAACGACCCGCGCAUCGCCGCCAUGACCGACCUCGUCGAGGCCUACCAGCACGACGACAUCCACCGCUACGAGAACGUCCUGCACCGCAACCCCGACCUGCUGCAGGACGCCUUCAUUGCCGAGAACAUUGACGAGGUCACGCGGAACAUGCGCACCAAGGCCGUCCUCAAGAUCAUCGCGCCCUACACCCGCUUGCGCACGCGCUGGAUCGCCGAGCAGAUCCGCAUCAGCGACGCCGAGGUGCAGGACAUUCUAGGCUUCUUGAUCAUCGACGGCCGCAUCUCCGGCACCAUUGAUCAGCAGACCGGCAUCCUCGAGCUGGCGUCCACGGUCGACGCCGACCGCGUCGAGGCCCUCGCCCAGCUGUCCGCGGCCAUGGCGGGCCUCGCAGCCGCCAUGUUCAACAGCACAGCGCUGUCGCUGCGCACAGCCGCCAACGACAUUGUUGGUUUUGCUGGUUCCAGGAACCAGGGGCACAGCGGAAAUACCGGCGCGGGCAGCUUCUUUCCAAGGACGCCGCAAGGUCAGCGGUCACGAGGGCUUCGGGGCCAGUUCCGAUCGGCGGGCCUGGUAGACGAUGGCAACUUUGGCGCUGCUUAG